AUGAGAAUUCUAAAGCUUCUGGCCCUAAUCUUUCUAGUAUAUCUAAGACCGACUGCUGCUUUUACGGAUUAUUUGAUCAAGAAAUGCUCGCAAUCUGGGUUUUGCGUGAGAAAUCGGCAUUAUGCGAACGAGAUUGGGUUAGGUACAACAGCACCCGUGUAUUCUGUGGACCGGUCCAGUGUAAAGAUAUCAACGGAGAACCAUACGAUCACAGCUAUCGUAGAAAAACGGUUUAGCACUGGUGAAGGGCCAGAGACACUCGUAACUUUGCCGUUAACGCUUGAUAUUAUGAACGGCUCUUCAAUUCGUUUUACUAUAGAUGAAAAUCGAGAUCAUAUAGAGGGACCACUUCGAUUGAACUCCAGGAGGUACAAUGAGACUGCAGCAUGGGCUUUUAGUCCAGAUACGCCGUAUUCGCUUGCUGAAUUUAAAACUUCCCGAUCAGUAUGGCCGUUUUCGAGGAGCUAUUUACAAUUAAACAGUGUAAGUGGACUCGUAUCUAUCAGACUUCACUAUGCGAGCUUCAAACUUGAGAUUUUUUACAAGAAAGAGCUUGUAUUCACUGUCAAUGACCGCUCGCUGCUAAAUAUCGAGCAUGCACGCCAAAAAGAACUUAACCAGCGAAAUAAAUCGCCUGCAGAAACAACCUUCAGUGACUUCUCUGACUCAUUUCGGUACUCGAAAGACGACACUCUGCCAUUUGGCCCAGAAUCGGUAGCCAUGGACUUCACUUUCCAUAACAUUGAAAACGUAUAUGGCAUUCCUGAACACGCUGACAGCCUGCGGCUCAAGGAAACUGUUGCUUCAGAUCCAUAUAGGCUCUUUAACGUGGAUGUUUUCGAAUAUGAUCUUUAUUCAGGAAUGCCAAUGUACGGUUCCAUACCGUUUAUGCUUGGAAGCCGCCCGGGCCUGUCUGCAGGCGUGUUCUGGGUCAAUGCGGCUGAUACUUGGAUUGAUGUCAGCUAUGAGUCUCAAGGUGCAAAGACGCAUUGGAUGUCGGAAGCCGGAAUUCUCGACGUUGUUCUCUUUCUAGGAGAUCAACCUUCCGACAUCACUUCAGCGUACACCUUGCUGACAGGACGACCAAAUCUUCCAUCCUUGAGCUCUAUAGGGUACCAUCAGUGCAGGUGGAACUACAAUGAUGAAAAAGAUGUGCUGACCGUAGACUCUCAAAUGGACAAGGCUGAGAUUCCGUACGACUUCAUAUGGCUGGACUUGGAGUACACCGACAAUAAGAAAUUCUUUACCUGGAGACCUGAUGCAUUCCCUAAUCCACUAAAAAUGCUAAAGAAACUGCACAGGAUGGGCAGAAACCUCGUAGCUCUCAUCGAUCCACAUCUCAAAGUUGGAUACGAGGUUAGCGACGCAGUUGAGCAAAGCAGGGCAGCUGUUUUAACUUCCCAGAAUGAUACCUAUCACGGUCACUGUUGGCCAGGAGAAUCUCUAUGGAUAGACACGUUUGGCGAAUGCGGCAUAACCAUUUGGAGCUCUUUUAUUCAACGGUUUGUUGAUAAAACUAAGAACCUCUUCAUCUGGAAUGACAUGAACGAACCUUCGAUUUUCAGUGGCCCCGAGACAACGGCUCCGAAGGAUUUGAUUCAUGCUGGUGGCUUUGAGGAGAGAUCUCUUCAUAAUCUAUACGGGCUUAGUGUUCACGAAGCUACUUACAAUGCUAUGACUCAGGUGUACGGCGAUAGCUCGCGUCCAUUCAUUCUCACCAGAGCCUUUUUUGCAGGCUCGCAAAGAACAGCUGCCACAUGGACUGGGGAUAACAUGGCCGACUGGGGUUAUUUACGCAUUUCCAUUCCUAUGUGUUUGACCAACAAUCUUGCUGGGUUUCCCUUCAUUGGAGCCGAUAUUGCCGGGUUUUCGGGUGAUCCAAGCAAUGAAUUGAUUGUAAGAUGGUACCAAGCCGGAAUGUGGUAUCCUUUCUUCCGAGCUCAUGCACAUAUAGAUGCUUUAAGAAGAGAACCUUACCUUUUCGAGGACAAGAUACAAGAGACCGUCAGAAAAGUUAUUCGUCUUCGUUACAGCUUGCUACCGACUUUUUACACGGCAUUUCAUGACGCCAGUGUUAAUGGCACACCAAUCAUGAAACCUUUGUUUUAUGCGCAUCCGGAACUAGACGAGACUUAUAAGAUCGACGACCAAUUCUAUUUGGGCAACUCUGGUUUACUAGUGAAACCGGUCACCACCGAGGGAGAAACCGAUACCCAAGUAUUUUUCGCAGCAGGUCUAUUUUAUGACUAUUUUACUCUCGAGUCAUUAGAGAUUCAUCGUCCAGGACACUAUUUGGUGAACGCUCCGCUGACCGAAUUACCCGUCUACCUGGAAGGAGGUAACAUCAUUUUCCGGAAAGAUAGGUACAGGAGGUCUGCCAAACUUAUGGCCCGGGAUCCAGUAACCUUAGUUGUAGCUCCAACGGCCGAGGGAGUGGCAUUGGGAAGCUUAUAUCUAGAUGACGGCGAGACAUUGCUUUACCAAGGGGGCGACUUCCUCAAAGUAGAAGUGACGCUCAAACAGAAUGAACUAAUUUCACAGGUCGUCAACUCCCCGGACACCGAGUCUUUGAGUAGCAGCAAUCACAUCGAACGCAUAAUUGUCGCCCUUUCGAGGCAAGCGAGCUUGCCUUCAGUGGCCAAAAUUACGCAAGGAAAUACCACAUCACAGAGAGAAAUUACGCUUGAUCCCACAAGCCAUUUUUUCGUCAUACAAAACCCCGGAUUGGUUGUUGGACAAGCUUGGUCGGUCGUUUUUGAAUAA